AGAGGGGUAGGAGUGAAAAUUUCCAAAAUCAACAAAACGGAACUGGAAAUGGCGCAGGCGGAAAAGAUCCGCAGAUCUGAAAUCAGUUCACACAACAGCAGCGUCGUCUACUUGCCGGAGGCGAAUAUAGCAAAGACGGCAACUUUCUGACGAAUGUCAACGAAGAGAGUGUGCAGCGGGUGGCGCCGAUUCCUCUUUUUCUUGCCGCUUCUAUUCCUUCUGCCUCAUCUUCUUUCAGUUUUAGAGCUGCAGCAACAGGGCCGGAAGGUUCCUGAAGACGUGCAGCGUGUGAGUGGGCAGAAUGAGCUGAAGAAGAAGAAAUUUGAUCAUCUGGUUCUGGGACCUGCUGCGGGUCAAGGUUUACCCGAUCGCCUGCAUUGCCGAGGUAACAAGGCCCUCAACAGAACACACUUCCCAGCUUCUAGCAAUUCGGGUUCUGGAGAUAUUGUUUCCUUUGUCACUGUAUUUGCCACUUAUGAUGCUCCAGUUGACACACAAAGGAAUGAAAGAUUGGUAAACUUGGUUACUACUGUUGGGAACGCUUCAUACAGCAAGGUGGAGAGGUCACUUGCCAUCUUAGAUGUCUUUAUUAAUUUCAUUCAGGUGACCAUGCCUCAAAGCAGCAUUAUCAUUCUUACUGAUCCAUCAUCUCAGCUUCCAGUGAACAGAAAUGGUGUUUUCAUUCAUCCUAUUCAAGGUGAAUAUUCACGAGACAAGCUGAUGCUUCAAAGAAUCAGGUCCUACAUUACAUUCCUCGAAACGAGAUAUGAGGAGCAGUCUAGGUGGCAGGGGAAAGUUAAUCACUAUAUUUUUACAGACUCGGAUUUAGCAGUUGUUGAUAACCUGGGAGAGAUUUUUGACAACUAUCCAGAUUUUGAUCUUGCUCUUACCUUCCGUAACAACAAAGAGCAACCUCUAAAUUCGGGAUUCAUAGCAGUAAGAGGAACCCCAGAGGGAAUUUUAAGGGCUAAGAUUUUCUUACAGCGUGUCCUAGAAGUCUAUAGUACCAAGUAUAUGAAAGCUUCGAGAAUGCUUGGAGAUCAAUUAGCUCUAGCCUGGGUCGUAAAGUCAAACCCUUCAUUUGACGCAAAAAAGUUCACUAGAAGACAGCCAUUUCUAGAUAAAAUUGAUGGCGCUUCCAUUUUAUUUCUACCGUGUGCCUUGUACAAUUGGACGCCACCAGAGGGUGCGGGUCAGUUUCAUGGGAUGCCCCUGGAUGUUAAGGUAAUUCAUUUUAAGGGGUCAAGAAAACGACUCAUGCUGGAGUCUUGGAACUUCUUUAACUCAUCAUCGCUGGCAUCGUCUGAGAAAAUCUCUGAUAUGCUAUGCCUCAUUGUAAGAAGUGGGCGGACAAAGUACGAUUUCUAAGUUUGAAAUUAACAACGGAUUGGAUGCAUCCAAUCGUAAAUUUCUGAUCUGAACUGCCCGUUCUUCGGGAAGACUAGAGAACGCGUUUUGAUGCCAAAUGCAGAGCCAAUCUUUACUGAAGAGUUACCAUCCUUUUGCUUCAUCACACUUCAACUGCUAUUUCUUUGUUUUUGUUGCAAAACCAUGUGAAGUGAAGGAUGGAUGCAAUUCUUUUGUUGUAUAAAACCUAGGAAUCCUUGUACAUUAAUGGAAUCAAAGCAAGGCUUUUGAGGAUUUGAGUGUCUCCAAUCUCCAAACCUAUGUAACCUUGUACCGUGUGCCUUUGCAG